UCGCGCUUUACGGCAGGGCCAUGUUUGCUUGACUUGUGCAACGACGUCACUCGUAUAGCCUGUAUUUAAUGCUCCGGAAUCGAAGAAUCGGCUCCGUUUUUGUUUUUUUUUAAAGAAUCGAUUCCUCGCCCUGUCAUUUGACAGAAAAUGUAAAAAAAAAUUCUCAAACUGGUUUAUUAGUGGAUACGCUACGAACCACUUUUUUUAUCUGCAUCCACCUUCAAGAUCAAGCCAACCCCUCCAGCUCAUCCAAGAGGAGUGAUGGUAAAAUCAUCUGGUGAAACAAAAGAACCACAACGUGUAUCUUGUGGAUUGACUGCAGAAAUGGUAAACUCCACUCGUGAAACUGAACCACAUUUAGACAAGCUUGAAGAGCAUCAGCCUGAAUGUGAAGCAGUACAAUAUAAAGAAGACACUGACAAAGAGGUAUCCUUGAAUGCAGCUGAGCAAGAAGUUGUUUUCGGUCCUGUUGUGAUCCAAGGCAAUGCAUGUGACGAACUAGAGUCUGCCAAUUUUCACAAAAUCGACACAGCCCUAAUUGUUGUCUUCCCUGAAGUGAAACAAACCAAUGUAACCACAACAGAAACUGAAGAACAUUGUACUGAUAUCAAAAAUGAGCCCCAUGACUGGAACGAUUUAGAAGGUCCCAUCAUUAAAUUUCUUGGAGACUUGGAGGAGGUGGAGAAUGAAACCAAGACAACCUCUUGUCCUGAACCACAGACAUCUCAAAAAGACCUAAGCUCCCCAAACACUUCCCAAUCUCUACAUGUGGACAGAGAUGACAUGCAAGAAAAAGAAGAGACCAGAAUUAACCCAAAGGCCAGAGAUGAUCAUGCUGAAAUGUUUAAAGAUACAAUGCUAGAGCACAUACAAGAAACAUGCUUUAGUAGUGAGAUACAAUUACAGGCUACUGAAGAGCCUGAAAGUUUGGAGCCUCCAGCAAAGAAAAGGUUAAGAAAAAGAAUGGGUAUGUGUGGUCUAGGAGACAGGAAGAGGAAGUUCCCAUUUGACGGACAGCACUGUAGGCAGGGUCUUGCAGGAAAACAGAUGGAAGAACAAGCUUUUAAAGGAAAUGAAGUGGUACAACACCUGUAUAACACUGAGUUUGAGAGUGAUGGUAACACACCAAUGUACCAUGAGAGAACUAGUGGAACAGCAUGUAAAGAAGAAGAUGCAGAGGUCUUGAAAGCCAAGGAGAACAAUGGUGCCGCAGUGAUGGAUGAUGAUAGAACAACAAGAGAAUCAGAAAAAGAAAAUGGAUAUGCACUGAGACACAACAUGAGUAAGUGUACUGCAUUAAUGAAUGAUAAAGAAACACAAGAUGAAUCCCCCAAAGAAAAUACAGAUGUUCUGAAAACAGGCAUCUUGGAGGAAAUCCAAGGAAACAUAGUCAUGGAUGACAAAGGAACUGCUGAACAAGUGAAUUUUUUCAAUAAGCUUAACUUAUUAGAAGAGAUAUCAACAAACACAUGGAUGGAACAAACACUACCAAGUCCCACCAGUGGGAAAAACGUCCAAGAUGAACUAUCAGCAUCAACUGCUCCCAAUGACCAUAAAAUGGAAACUGCUACCUGUGAGGAAGAACCAAACCUCCCUGCAACAGAGAUGACCAACAGUGGACAAGAUAUGGUAUUCAACAUGCAACACGAAGUUCUGUCUGAGAAACAAAAUCAUCUUGGUGAUGAUAAAGUGGAUGAGGACCUCUAUGUGAUUGCAGCAGAAGUUGAAGUUGCACAGGAAGUGAGCUCUAGCUCAAUUUGUGCUAGAGUAGAAGUGUCUGAAGGUUGUACCAUAGUCAAUAAAGAAGUCAAAAUGGUUCCAUCUGGUUUGGAAGAAUGUGAAAUGGAUAUUAAAGAAAAACAUCCACCCGAUUUGGCUGCCAUUGAGAAACAUGAUCCAAAUAGACCUGACCUAGGAUUGAAACCCUUAUUUGUGGACAUCAUGGAUACUCUGCAGUUUGCUUCCACUUAUGAAACACAUAAUGCAAAAACUCGUGGUGAAAAUGAAGAGAGUACUGAUCAUACUGGAGGAGAUGCUGAGGAUGCUAAGGACAUCAGUGAACCUCUAGCACCACCUGCUGGCCAGGAGAUCCGCAUGCAUUGUUUUUUAGACCAGGUUACAUGUGACACUUCUGUGACCCCUACUGUUGCCAAGCAGCAGGUCUGUAACCCCACCCUGACCUCUGCUGCUAGUGAGCUGCCUCAGGAGGCUGACUUGUCUGUUCCACCUUUCCUUUACUUCAUGACAGUCUCCCAAAUCCAUAAAAUUGCAUUAAGCAUGGAGCUGGAGGACCAGCUUAACCCAGAAGACUAUGAUCAACAGGAGGAUGCCACAGAGCUUGUGCGUGGCCUCAUCAGAGAACUCUCCUCUCUGAAGUACGAGUGUCGUACCGUGAUGGUGGCACACCGCGAGAUGGAACUCUUGCGCCGUGGAAAACCUCCAAAGGCUCCAAAUCGUCGCCUUUGUGCCCUUCCCCAUACUGAGAAAUAACCUCAUGAGCACUUCUUGAUGACAGAUGGGAUGAAAUUAGAACUUAUCAGUAAGGGCCAUUAGUGCUUAUUUGGAUUUUGUGUUCGAGACUGACUCUGUCUGGGUUAAUAUCUUGAGUUGUACAAGUUUACUUGUUCGUCCCUGCAGUUUGAUUACUGUUUUUGUUUAAUACAAAAUGUAUGGCAUUGUGUUGGAAUGAACCUCAAUAUUUUCAUCUAAUGACAUUUAUGUAAUCAGUUGAAGAAGCAGCUAGCUCUACCUCAGAAACCUGUCUAAAGUCAUCGCCUCUAUCGUAUUUCAUUUAGAAGUCCUUGAUUUCGUUUAAAAUGUUUUUUUUUAGUCAGACCUGUUGGUUUCAUCUCAUCUACACUGGUGUUCCUGAAGAAUAAACGGUUUUAAACCUG